AUGGAGCUGCAUUUGCCGGAUCUGCCAAUGAUGCGAAUUUUGUCCUACCUGGAUGCCUUCAGCUUGCUACAGGUUUCCCAAGUGAGCAAGACUUGGAAUAAGACUGCCGGGAGCGACUUGCUGUGGAAGAAGCUGUGUCUGAAGAAAUGGUGUUUCUGCAAAUUUAUCCCUCGGCUGGAGAACUACCAGUCAUGGAAGGAGUUUUUCAUCUCCCAGACCAAACAGGAGUAUCUGAUGGCGAGGGCGAAGCCCGAAGACUUCAUCUACAAAGAAAUAUCUGGGCACAUUGGCAUUGUGUUCCAAGUGUCUUAUCUCUCAGGAAAUGGCAUUACAUUGACUGAACCAAGGAAAUCAGUUAUCUGCAUUACGUCUUCCUGGUGUACAAUUUCUACUUGGGAUGUGCACAAGGGCACGAUGAUCUGGUCAAGCCCAGUCCAGCAGAAAAGUCUCACUCUAAUGGCGACCUUACCUCAGAUGCAUCUUGCCAUCACCGAGGACUUGAAUGCCACCCUCAAAGUGUGGAACUGUCGCGAUGAGAAUGCUUUGGCUACUCGCGCCAUGCCGUGCCACAGUCGUUCGAUGGCACCCUUUCUCACAAAGGAUGGCCCAUUCCUGGCGAUAGGUGACUGUGAUGGUAAUGUCCACACCUUCACAAUGCCCAAUUUAGAGUUGCUUUCCACAGUCAAUGCAUUCACAUAUGAUGUUAACCACCUACACUGUUCUCCUGAUAAGAAAUGGAUUGUUGCAUACGGGACACAUCCUCGUGUCUUGCCAAAGGUGUUUUUCCUGGACAGCUUGCUGAAACCAUCGGAACACAGCUCCCCUCUGCACUUCUCCUUCCCGUUUGCAUCCUGCUACAGAGCCUGCUGGAUUCCAAGGAGGGAAAACAGGAUAAUACUGAUGUACCGUAUAGGAUCCAACAAAGUAAGAGGGUUCAUCACCUAUGACCUGAUGACAACGGAGAUGCCUGGGGGCCAAAUGGACGUCAAAGGACAACGUGUUGCAAAUUUCCUGUUGCCGCCUGGAAUAAAAUGUCCACACUGGAUGGAUGUCAGUCCUGAAAAUGUGAUUCUCUUUGAAAGUGGGAAAAAACUACUCCUUUACUCCAUCACUGGCAAACUGCUGCAUCAAACUGCGGACCACCAGGCAGAUGUCCUGAGGUUACAGAUGGAUUAUCCCCAUGUCACCGUCAUACUUGAGGAUGGUUCACUACAUUUGUACAUGUGGGAUGAGGAAAGGUGUCACCCGUACCUCAGGAGCUGCUGUCACCUGGAAUAUAAGGGGGAAAAUCUGACCAAACUGUGGUAA